UAAUAUAUGAGGAUUAGGUUAUGUAUAUACAUACGCUGAAGAAAAAGCUCUCGAAGGUUUCGAAGAAAAACUUAAAAUUCAACGAGCAGUCGAUCAGUUCCGAUCUGGAGCGCAACAAUGUCAAGUUCCGAGACCAGCAGUGUCGUUGGUAGUGUUAGUGGUUGUGUCAGUGAAGUUACCCUGGCGAUCGGUAGGGCUAGAGCAAGAUCACAACAAAAUCAGCAGCAACAGCAGGUGUGCAGCAGUACCGAGGAGAGAGAUCUUGAUAGUCCAGAUUCUAUAGGCUCAGGGAACUCGAAUUCGUUUACUGUUCAACCUUUUGAGUCAACGGACGAUGACAGCCAGAAUGGGAAUACAGAGUUCCAGGAGCCACUUAACUCAGAUCUCAGAAUACCCAUCAUUGGCUAUGAAGUCAUGGAGGAGAGAGCCAGAUUUACAGUUUACAAGUUGAGAGUCGAGUUUCAAAAUGGAGACUGCUGGUUUGUCUUCCGAAGAUAUACAGAUUUUGUACGCUUGUAUACUCAAUUAAAGAGGCAGAAAGCUUCUAUCUCACACUUAUCGCUGCCUAGAAAAAAAUGGCUGGGUGAUAACUUUGCUCCAAGUUUUUUAGAAGAGCGAAUACGGGGCCUUCAAGCAUUUGUCAAUGGAUUGUUGAACAGUCCAACUUUGAUAACUUUGCCUUGUGUCCGAGAAUUUUUUUGCCUUGAUGAACCACCUGCACUAUCAGAUACUGUAGAAGAGUCGAGAGCUAUAUUUGAAGCUCUUGAAGACACAAUUUAUCAAUUAAGACAGCAGUUGAGAGAAAAAGAAGCAGCUCUUUCUGUUGAAGCAAACCUUUGCAAUGAAUUAAGGAAAAAACUCCAUACAGUCUUAACUGAAUCUCAAAAGUGUGCAAAAUGUGGUGCAAACAACAAUUACUCUAAUUUAGGUGAUGAAAACUGUAGUUUAGGUAAUGAAAGGUUAAUUAAUUAAAGACUGAAUUGUUUGUCAAAGAAAUUUCACUCAAGGAACUGUUGAUGUAACUGUUAUAAAUACUGCCUGUGGACUUGGGACCUUAACAAUGUGCCUUAAAACUCGUGAGGUACCUCUUGAAAUGUAUUAGCACAUGUAGUGCGUCAAGUUGCGUUGAUAUUAGUUAAGUAUAAUGCACCAAUUUAUUUAAAAUUACAAUGUUAUUAUUGUAAAAUAUUCUUAUUAUAAGUAUAAAGUGCAAGAUAUUAGAAAAAGGUUGUGUAAGAGACAUUUUAAGUUCUGUUUAGAACUGCAUAAAUAAUUUACCAUUCUGUUACCUAUUUUUCAUAUGGUGAUUGUUACUUUUAAAUGAUAACGUUAAAAUUAGCGAUUGUAUAUUUUUAUACAAGUGUAUUUUAGUAAAAUGUUUACCAGAAAUUAUAAUAUGGAGCCUCAAAUAAGGAAAGAUGGUGAACAAAGAAAGUCAUGUUUUCCAAAAUUGUAAUAAU